AUGCUUUUGUCGCAGAAUUUUCGACGGCUCUUGACCUUCUUCGCAGCAUUACUACUUUCUCACGUUCUACUGGGCGUACUGAACGCGCUGCGAAUCAUCUCCGCGGACAGAGAGAAAAGAUGCCCCGAACAUUACAUAGAGCGUUUCGUCAAGAACUCAGAGUACUAUGGGCGUGUUGUUUCUACCGUUGCUUGCAGAGUCAUGGGUCAAGAUGCCUACAUUACUUGCGACCCGAAGAACAUCCAAGCCAUGCUGGCAACGCAAUUCAGUGAUUACGGCCUUGGCCACAAUCGUGCUAGCAUAUUCUUUCCUCUUCUUGGACAUGGCAUUUUCUCUGUUGACGGGCCGAGAUGGGAGCAUGCACGUGCUUUAAUGCGUCCUCAAUUUGCCCGAGAACGAGUUUCCGAACUUGAUCUCGAGGAGAGGCAUCUUCAAAACCUCUUGAAGGCCAUCGAAGCUCCUGGCCGUGAUGGAUGGACACCUGUUGUUGAUCUUCAGCCUUUGUUUUUCCGGCUAACGCUGGACUCUGCCACGGAAUUCCUUUUCGGCGAGAGUGUCGACAGCCAACUGAUCGCCUUGCCUGGAUCAACAUCGAAAGUCAUCCAUGGCGGAGUGGAUGAGCAGACAUUUUCGGAAUCCUUUGAUGAGGUACAAGACUGGAUGGCCUUCGCCUCACGGCUGGGCGCUUGGCACAAAUUGGGCCAUACGAAGCGGUUCUAUAAGUGUGCAGCACAAUUACACAAGCACAUAGAUUACUUUGUCAAUCUGGCUCUCCAGCAAAAGACAGACGAGGACAUAGACAAGUCCAGCUUCAACAUUCUGAAAGGUUUGGCCAAGGUCGAAAAGGAUCCGAUUGAGCUUCGAGGCCAACUCCUUUCCAUCCUUGUCGCUGGCCGUGACUCGACCGCGUCGCUUUUGGGCUGGUUCUUCCUGAUGAUGUGCAAGCACCCCGAAAUCUAUGAGAAGCUACGUCAGACCAUAAUGCACGAUUUCGGUGACUGGAAGACCUGCGACCCAGCUGAAAUUACAUUCUCUGGGCUCAAGUCUUGCACGUUCCUCCAGAUGUGCAUAUCAGAGACGUUGCGGCUGUUUCCUCUUGUCCCGAUCAAUGGCCGCACUGCGAUUGUCAAGGACACCACCUUACCGACAGGUGGUGGACCUGACGGUAGUGCACCGAUUUUUGUACCGAAAGGCAUGGAGAUUCAAUAUUGCGUUCAUGCUAUGCAUCAUCGUAAAGACCUCUGGGGCGAGGACACGGAGGACUUCAGGCCAGAGAGGUUCAAAGAGGCUCGGCCUGGCUGGGAUUACCUACCUUUCAACGGCAAGUCAUAA